UAAAAUAAAUAUCGAAUGAAUACAUUUUCUUGUGUUAAAAUAUUUUCUUGAUUUAUAACAUUAUUAAAUGAAGAUCUUUUGAAUAUAAGUUUUGUUUAUAGAUUUAUACAAUCUUUAUUUAAUUAUAUAUAUUCGAGAAAAAAAGAAUGAAACCAUAUCUAAAUAUAAGUCUUUUGAAUUUGUGCCGCCAUAUUUAAGUUGACAUAUUACUUAAUAAUUUAUAAUAAUUUAUACUUAAAAUUUACUUAUUUUUGAAUUAGUUCAAAAUAUAAAUAUAGUAUAUUUUAUUAUUCGAUAAGUAUUGUUUCUUUUAGAUUACUUAAUUAUGACUAUUUGUCUUUAUACACGUGUUAAAUGAAGAGGAAAAACGAAGAACAGCCAAAGCAAUGCUUUUCUAAGAAAUCUGCUAGUAAGCGAAUUAUGGAUAAAAAGGAUAAUAAAAAUACUCAGCGUAUGACUCCGUAUACGGAGCGUAAUGCAUCUGGUCGAAAUUGGGAAAUGUUUAGAAAUUUAGUAUUUAAUUCGCCAUCAUUAAAUCCAGAUUCUGGAAAAGAGAGUGUUAAAAAAAAAUCAUCACCACAUCAGAAAUCAAGAAAAAAGCAUUAUUCAUCUAUAUUAAAUGUGGAUCAUAUAAUAUCACAUAACGAUGAAGAAAUAGUUUUUGAUGAAAGUAAGAAGAAAUUAACAAAACAAAUAGCAAUUGAUUGUGAAAUGGUAGGUAUAGGAGAUGGUACUGAAAGUAUGUUAGCUAGAGUAUCUAUUGUAAAUCGUCAUGGUUUCUGUGUUUAUGAUAAAUAUGUAAAACCAAGAGAACCUGUUCAAGAUUAUAGAACUAAAGUUAGUGGAAUUAGACCUCAUAAUCUUCAAAAUGGAGAAGAAUUUGAGAUUGUUCAGAAAGAAGUAGCAGAAAUUUUAAGAGGUCGCAUUUUAAUUGGUCAUGCAUUAAAACAUGAUUUUGAUGUAUUAUAUCUUUCUCAUCCAAGAAAACAUCUACGAGAUACUUCUAGAUUUAAAACUUUCAGACAAUUAUCUAGAGGAAAUACUCCUAGUUUGAAGAAACUAGCACAUGAAUUACUAGGUAAAGAAAUACAAACAGGGGAACAUAAUUCAAUAGAAGAUGCAAGAACUGCAAUGCAAUUAUAUGUACUCUAUAAAAAUAAAUGGGAAUCUGAACUCUAUUCUAAACGGUAAUUUGGAUUAUAAUGAACAAUCUGUACAUUUUUU